UGUUGAACUCUCACUUCGCCAACUUACCCUUGUUUCGCUUCGUAGCACUGAUAGCUACGAAGCGUGUUAAGCUUUCAUUUCCUUCAUAGAUUUUUCAUCGGAGACAAAAUAAUGUCAGGACCGAGGCUCCCCGACGAGCCUCCACCGGAGCAACCCGGAGAGGAAGUGCAAUCUGAAAAUGAAGUUGAAUCGGAUCUAAGCAAUUCAUCGAGCGACGACGACAUCUGUAUGGAAAUAGACUUGUCAGAUAUAAGCGAAGAUCUUAAGUGUCCUAUCUGCCUAGGUGUAAUUCGAAAAACCAAAAUUGUUAUGGAAUGCUUGCAUCGGUUUUGCGGAGAGUGCAUUGAGAAAGCCAUACGCCUCUGUAAGAAUGAAUGCCCAGUUUGUCGUGAACAUUUUCCUGGCGGAUGCACACUAGGCGAUGAUCGCCACUAUGAUCAUCUCAUUUCUAUCAUCCAUCCAGAUGUUGCACAGUACGAGGACGAGUCUCUUCAACGUCAAAUAGAAGAACUGGAGAGGAAACACAAGGUUAAGGCAACCGCUGUAAGUUUUGCAAGGAGACGCAGAACAAUCAGAAAUGCAUGCAAGGAUGAGAAGGGAAAUGAGAAGAAUGAGGUUAUGAAUGAUAAGAAUGCAGGAAAAGAGUCGUCAUCUGAUGCUCAGAAGACAGAAUCUGAACCAAAUAAAGAUGGAGAAUCUGCCACUCUCCAUGCAGAUGGAACUGCUGAUGAAAAUGUUCCAGAAAAAUAAGUUCACCUGGGAAAAAAUACUCAUGGAAUUUAAGCCGUUUGAUCUUUGUCCAACGGUCAGAAUAACUCUCUUAACUUUUAUCAGUGCAUGCAAAAUUGAAUGCACCUUAAUAAUUCUCAGUUCAUGAAAUUGAGAUUUAUCAAAACUAGUUUCUCUUCGUAUAAUAAUUAAACAUGCUUUCGGCAG